AUGUCGCAUAACCCCCAGCAAUCUGUAACGGGCGGGGGCGCCUACGACCCGCUCCCCCUCACCGGCGGCGAAGGACACCAACCGCGGUUUAUGGGCCAGUACGACGCUGCCGCCUCGUCGUCGCAGCAGAGCCUGCAAGCGCCAUCCGAGUAUGGCUCGGCCCACCGCCUCAACGACGCCAACGACCCCAAUGUGGCACCCUACCGCGACGACCCGAACGCCGUGCCCAUGUCGCCCUUGGGCGCGUCUGCUGCUGCAGGAGGAGGUGGCAUGAUGAUGAACGAGAAGGCUGGAGGAGGAGGCGGCGAGGGUACCGGUAGUGGACGCUCACGCCGCAAGAUGGUAAUCAUCGGCGCCAUCGUCGCGCUCAUCAUCAUCAUCCUCGCUAUCAUCCUCCCCGUCUACUUCACCGUGAUCAAGAAGGACGACGACGAUUCUGCUGGUGGGGACCGGGAUAGCAGCAACGCGGGCGAGGACAAGGACGGGAGUGGGACGGCGAGGCCGAGUGGGAGUGCGAGCCCUGAGCCGGACGUUGAGCUGCCCCCUGUUACUGGCGGCGAUGGGAGUAUCAUUACGAUGGAGGAUGGUACGACUUUUACGUAUCGCAAUCCGUUUGGAGGGUAUUGGUAUUAUGAUCCCAAUGAUCCUUUUAAUAAUGGGGCGAGGGCGCAGUCGUGGACUCCGGCGUUGAAUGAGACGUUUAACUAUGGUGUUGAUAGGAUUCGGGGUGUUAAUGUUGGUGGCUGGCUUGUUACUGAGCCAUUCAUUUCACCGGCUUUGUAUGAGCGAUAUCUCAACGACCCUGCUGGACCUGCCAUCGAUGAAUACGACCUCAGCUUGCGCAUGCGCGCUGAUACAGCCAACGGAGGCAUCAACCAACUCGAGGAACAUUAUAGGACUUUCAUCACUGAGAAGGACUUUGCUGAUAUCGCUGGUGCCGGUCUGAACUAUGUCCGUAUUCCUAUUGGUUGGUGGGCCGUCGAGACGCGUGGCGAUGAGCCUCACUUGGAGGGUGUUUCUUGGAACUACUUCCUCAAGGCGAUCAAGUGGGCUAGGAAAUACGGUCUCAGGAUCAACCUCGAUCUUCACGCUGUACCCGGAAGCCAGAACGCCUGGAACCACUCGGGCAAGUUUGGCAGCAUCGGAUUCUUGCACGGUCCUAUGGGUUACGCCAAUGCGCAGAGGACGCUCGAUAUUAUUCGUGUUCUUGCCGAGUUCAUCUCGCAGCCUCAGUAUAGGGAUGUCGUCACCAUGUUUGGUAUCCUCAAUGAGCCUUUGGGUGAUCCUAUGGGCUUUGAUGCUCUCGCUCGAUUCUACAUGGAAGCCUACACCAUCAUCCGCCGCGCAGGCGGUAUCGGCGAAGGCAACGGCCCCUGGGUCUCCCUCCACGACGGUUUCUUCGGCCGCGACCGCUGGUCCGGCGUCUUCCCCAACGCCGACCGCCUCGCGCUCGACGUCCAUCCUUACCUCGGCUUUGGCUCUCAAUCCUCCGCCCCCAUGUCCUCCUACGCCGACACGCCCUGUCGCGCCUGGGGCCGCCUGGUGAACAACUCGAUGGCGGCGUUUGGGUUGACGACGGCGGGUGAGUGGAGUAAUGCAGUGAAUGAUUGUGGGUUGUAUUUGAAUGGGGUGAAUUUGGGGACGAGGUAUGAGGGGACGUAUACCCCUGGGUCGUGGCCGCGUGUGGGUGAUUGUAGGGAUUGGACGGAUUGGACGAGGUAUACGCCCGAGUUGAAGAGGGAGAUUAGGCAGUUUACGUUGGCGUCUAUGGAUGCUCUUCAGCACUACUUCUUCUGGACCUGGCGUAUUGGCGACUCGCUCGCCAGCGGCCGCGUCGAAACCCCCGCGUGGUCCUACGUCCUCGGUUUGCAAGAAGGCUGGAUGCCGACCGACCCACGCGACGCCGAUGGCGUAUGCAAUAACAUCGCGCCCUGGACACCCCCUCUCUCCGUCGGCUCCGGUGCCAUCCCCGCCUCCGUCACCUCCGCCCUGUCCUGGCCUCCUCCAGCGAUCUCCAACGGCGGCCCCAUCGAGGUCCUGCCUUCCUACACCCAAACCGGUGCUAUCCCCACUUUGACUGCCACCCCCGUGGAGGCUGCGCCUGGUGAGACGAUUACGCGUACGGUGGAUGUUGGUAGUGGGUGGAAUAAUCCGGAGGAUAGUGAGGGGUAUGUUGCUGAGGUUGAGGGGUGUAGUUAUUUGGAUCCGUGGGUUACGCCUGCUGCUGCGCCGCCUUCGCCGCUUUGUGUUGGUGUGGCGAGGAGGGGGAUGUUGGGGAGGGGUGUAGUGGAGGCUAAGGCUACGCCUGCUCCGUAA